GUGGUCUCUCUGUCCACGUUCGAACUCAGUGUGGUGCAUUUUUAUUUCUGCAGUUUGUUCUCCUCUCGGAAGUACCCUCGCUGCUCUCCAAGUCACCAUGGGUAUCAACUUGGGAGACGUUUUCCCCGACUUCACGGCCAAUACAACCAAGGGGUCAAUCUCGUUCCAUUCUUUCCUGGGAGAUAGCUGGGGAAUUCUCUUCUCUCAUCCGGCUGACUUCACGCCAGUAUGCACCACUGAGCUGGGCCGUGUCAAUCAGCUGCUGGCUGAGUUUGAGAAGCGCAAUGUCAAGCCCAUUGCCCUGUCCUGCGACCCGGUAGACAAGCAUUCCGACUGGAUCAAGGACAUCCAGGCCUACAGUGCCCAGUCUGGAGACUGGGGCUAUCCCAUCAUUGCUGACGAGCAGCGGGAGCUGGCCGUACGCUUCGGUAUGCUGGACCCGGACGAGAAGGACAAGGCUGGCAUGCCAUUGACUGCUCGCUGCGUGUUCAUCAUUGGCCCAGACAAGAAGCUGAAGUUGUCUCUCCUCUACCCAGCCAGCACUGGUCGCAACUUCGAUGAAAUCAUCCGUGUCAUCGACUCACUGCAGCUGACCGCCUACAAAAAGGUUGCCACUCCAGUCAACUGGCAGCAAGGUGGAGAGUGCAUGGUGCUGCCAUCGGUCAAGCCAGAAGACGCCAAGACUCUCUUCCCAGAGCACUACACAAAGGAACUGCCCUCCGGCAAGGGAUACAUGCGAUUCACUCCCCAGCCAUAGACAACUACUGAUCGUUACAUCGCACUAUCCCUUGCUUGCAGAAUGCGUCGCUUCCAGUAGGCCUCUCGGCUUCUGCUGGUAUUUUGUGUGGUUUUAGUUAGCGCUCAAUAGGAAGCAGCAGUUCAAUGCAGGUUCCUAGUUAGUUUUUUUGCUGGAUCUCCACCCUUUUUCUAGUCACGGCGGCCAUGCACACGCAUGGUUACUUUUACUUUUCUUGCACUGCUGCAUCGGUUAUUGCUAGCAGUUUUAGGCGGUUAGUUUGAUACAUCGGUUAUUGCUAGCAGUUUUAGGCGGUUAGUUUGAUACUAACUUGGCAGUACUA